GCUCGGGACUUCCGCUCGUAGUGUAAACAGUUAAGAUGGCGGCUUGCAACGUUCGCAGCGCUGUCACUCAGACUCUGAGAGGACUCAGAGGGACACGAGGACACCUGAGACACAUAGCUGCUGCAAGACAGCAGUGGGACCGCUCUGUGACAUCACAGACUGGGCAGGGGAAGCACUCGGCAUGCUGGGUAACCGUGAGACAUGAGUCCAUCGGGGGGGACCUCCAGAGCACACAGAGGAGGAGGGGAGGAGGAGGAGGAGGAGGAGGAGGAGGAGGAAGAAGAAGAAGAAGAGGAGUGCUGUGGGCGGCCGUUGCCUUCUCUCUGUUCAGCAGGUCUGAUGAAGACCAGCGAGAUGAAGCCCAGAGGAAGGAGGACGACAUUAUCCUGCUGCUGAAGAAAGCCAAGCUAAGUGUGUAUCGGGGACAGCUGCAGGCUGCCUCUGGUUUCCUCCAUCAGGCCGUUGCUCUGGCUCAUCAGACCCACAACACUCAGGCCAUCAUCUACACAUACAGCCUGAUGGCGAACCUGGCCUACGUUCAGGGUCAGCUGGACAGCGCAGAAAAACUCUUCAAAGCAGCGAUGAGCUUCCUGCUGUCGGGAGGAACGCCACAGGACGACAACGCUGUCAUCGAGAUGUCUCUGAAACUCGCCACCAUCUACGCUGAACAGAACAAGGUGGAGCUUGCAGAGCAUGGCUUCAGGUUCUGUCUGGAGUCUCUUGAGGCCAAACUGCAGAACCAGAAGGAAACAGCUGCAGAGGAGCUGACAGAGGAGCAGGAGGCUCUGAGGAAGGAGACCCGGCUGCUGCUGGGACUCUGUCUGGACUCCCGGGCUCGGUACCGGGCGUCCUCACUGCAGCUGGAGCAGGCAGGACGGGACUACCAGAAGGCCCUGGACAUCUGCUGCUCAGAGCAGGGAGACAGGCACCCUCAGACUCUGGUGCUGAUGAGCGACCUGGCCACCAUCUUGGAUCUGCAGGGUCGCCAUGACGACGCCCUGGCGCUGGUCCAGCAGGCGGUGGAUCUGAGCCGCUCCGCGGGUCACCCGGACCAACACGUGCUGCUGGGAAACAUGGCGGGCAUCCUGCUGCACACAGGCCGGCUCCAGGACUCGGUCCAGCUCUACCACGAGGCUCUGAGUCUGGCCCAGCAGGCCGGAGACCAGGAGGCCGUGACCCAGAUCCAGGAGGGACUGGAGGAGGUGAAGAAGAGGAGGAAGCAGCAGCAGGAAGAGGAGGAGGAGAAGACCGAUCCUCAGUAGUCAGGUUCCACCCACAUCGGCCUCAACUUCAACUAAAAUUAAUAUAUUAUAAUAAUAAUAAUAAUAAAUGUU